UUGUUAUGUUUUUGGUAUAUAAAAAUUUUCCUCAGCUUAGUGAGGAAGAAAGGGUGAAUAUGAAGGUUCCAAGAGAUAUGGAUGACGCCAAGGCUCUAGGAAAAGUUCUCUCCAAAUAUAAGGACACCUUUUAUGUACAAGUAUUGGUUGCUUAUUUUGCUACCUAUAUUUUUUUGCAAACGUUUGCUAUCCCAGGUUCCAUAUUCCUCAGUAUUCUCUCCGGGUUUCUUUAUCCCUUCCCACUAGCCUUAUUCCUUGUUUGUUUGUGCUCUGGACUUGGUGCCUCAUUCUGCUACAUGCUCUCCUACUUGGUUGGAAGGCCUGUUGUAUACAAAUACCUAACAGACAAGGCAAUGAAAUGGUCGCAGCAGGUAGAGCGUCAUAGAGAGCAUCUUAUUAACUACAUUAUAUUUUUGAGAAUCACACCAUUUCUGCCUAAUUGGUUUAUUAAUAUUACAUCUCCUGUGAUAAAUGUACCAUUGAAAGUGUUUUUUAUUGGCACUUUUCUAGGUGUUGCACCUCCCUCUUUUGUAGCAAUCAAGGCAGGAACAACUCUGUAUCAGCUUACAACAGCAGGGGAAGCUGUUUCCUGGAACUCGGUAUUUAUUCUGAUGAUUUUGGCUCUUCUUUCUAUUCUGCCAGCCAUCUUCCAAAAAAAACUAAAGCAGAAGUUUGAGUGAAAAAUCAUGGCUUUUCGUUUACCACCACCAUCACUCCUGCCACCACCAUCUCAGGAUUACAAGGUGUAUUUAUUUCAUGUUUGGAAGUCACCUCUUCAGUAACUGAAAGAAGGGUUUGUAAAGUAAAAUAUCCUAUGAGAUAUAAUGCACAUAUGUGGCAAGGGAGAGCAGAAGUUGGUAUGCUAUGAGAAGUGCUGCCGUCUACAUCUGACCUGUGAGAGAUAGCUUACACACACUGUUCCAGGAUUGGCUCUGAGACAUCAUUCAUAAUGGCUUGGUUUGGAAUUCUUACUUUGAAUGAUUCAUUUAAAGUGCUUUUCUCUUUUAGGUCUGACUAAUGACUAAAAUAGUAAAUUCAGGUACAGUGGAAUAUGUUUAUAACCCCAGCUGCUCAGGAGACUGUGGCCAGAGUAUUGCUAGUUUGUGAAUGUCACAAGACACCCUGUAUUAAAGUAAAAUAAGGAACAGUGAAAUAAAAUAAAAUAAAAAUUCAGAGCACAAACCGAAUACUUGAAGCAAAAAUGAGUUUUUCAUUUUCUUUUUCUUUCUUUCUUUCUUUCUUUCUUUUUUUUUUUUUUUUGGUUUUUCGAGACAGAGUUUCUCUGUAUAGACCAGGCUGGCCUCGAACUCAGAAAUCCACCUGCCUCUGCCUACCAAGUGCUGGGAUUAAAGGCAUGCGCCAGAGUUUUUCAUUUUCUUUCUCUUUUCAGACAGCACUUUCCAUAGGCCAGUAAAUGUAGCAAGGAUGGGUUAUUUAAGUUUUUCUAAGAAAUUUGUAUCAUGGAUUAGUCUGAUAAUUUGAAUUCUGGCCAGUCUGUUUCAUCCUUUUUUUUCUAGGCUUUACAGUAUUUCCACCAUGCAUAUAGAAAAGGAGAAUUAUAUAUCUGUAUCAUAUUGGUGUUGAUAAUGUAUAUUAAGAUAAUGAUAUUUUGUUACAGUGUCUUUAUUAUCUCAAAGGGGGUUCUAAAAGUAAAUACUCGAAGCAUAUACUUUUUAGACAUUAAUUAUUUUAUACUGGAACAACUGACAGUAGGACAUUGGUGAUUAAAUCUAGUUUAUGUGUUCCAAUGACUGUAAAAUUUGCCUCAUAGUUUUGUUUGCUCAUUAAAGAAUAUAUUGUAAUUAUCUUUCAUGCAUGAUACGUCUGCAAUUGCUUUGUUGCCUUUCCUGAUGAUCUUUGGGGCAGCACCUGAUUAGUACACUUUCCUAACUGUAAAGCUUCUACUCUUUCACCUUGACAUGUGAUUAGUGUCUCCACCAUUCUUGGAAGAGACUCCUGUUGGCUGCUUAGGUAUGUCUCUUGUUCCUUGCCAGGACAGAACCGUCUAAAGCAAUAAAAUCCCAGUUGGUAUGCUGAACAACUGCUUUAGUGGAAUGGGAAGUCCUUGUGUUUUUAUUCUUCAAAGUCUGAUCAUCUCAAAGCCUGUUUCUCCUGCAAAAUGUGGAGUAAUUCUUUUCUGUCACAGUAUUAACAUGUGGAAAUGUUACAAAUACAAGGAGGAUAAUACUGAUCAA